AUGGGUUACUUCGGUGCUGCUAAGAUCACUCCUGCACGGAGAAAUGUACUGGUCGACACGGAAAUUCGUGACUUAUUGGAUCAACUUGAGGUGCUGCAGCACAAGUUCACCAACUUGCAGGCUCGUGUCCGGUUGACCUCACGGGGUCGUGCUCGGUCUGUCGGUCGUCUCACAGGUCGUACUGGAUCGACUGUCAGUUUAGGUGAUCCGACUCGGGGCGAAAUGACCACCUCGACACCCCGGUUAACUUCGGCUGAGGAUGCCCUCGGACUGGAGAUGGGUCAGCUGAACAAAACCACUAGCCCCUCUGUGAGUCAACUAACUGAGACUAUGGGUGAUGGGGACGGUGAGCAACGGGCAGCAAUCUUGGUCGAUGAAGGUGUGGCGCAUUCGGAACCUAAUGAUCUCGCCGCUCAGCUUUUCCUCCUCGACUCGGGAUUAGACGUGGAUGUAGAAGUGGACGCGGAGCACACCCAAUCCAUUGGUACAAUUUAUGCGGACGCUUCGGAUACCAGUGUGCCCGUUGAACGAGAUCGGCAUCAUUUGGCUGUGGAACUGGCUGAGACCAAGGCUCGACUUCGACGACUUCGUGGUGAACUUGAGGAUCAAGCGGACCAACUAGCCGAGUUACACGACCAGCUGGCUGAGACACGUCGUGAGUUGAGUCAAGUGAAGGAGGAGCGCGCCCGUCUGGCCGAUGCAGCCCAUUCCGCAAGGCAUUGGCAAGACGAGGUGGACGCACUGCGUGAGACAGCCGAACGUGUAUCUCAGCUGGAAGCUGACAACGCCAAACUGAAGCAACGUGCGCAUGAGAUCGAGUAUUACAAAGUUCGGUGCCAACAACUGACUGAAGAUUUGGCCAUCUUAUCCGAUGAAAACGCCAAGCGAUCCAGUUUGAUUGGGCGUGAGGAGAGUUCAAUUGAAAAGGUGGCUACCCUGGAAUUUGAGUUGCACAAAACUCGCACUUUGUUGGCCCAAGUGGAACAGUUACGGAAUUCCGAUUUGGAUCAGAUCCAGAAACUGCGCGAAGAGUUGGGUCGAUUGGGAUUGGAACAGUCCGCGCGGCAACAGUUGCAAAAACCACACAUGGCUCACGAUCAAAGUGACACAGAAUCCACCGCAAGCUAUGCCAGCUAUACGGCUGCCUUGUCCAAACAGCUGAACGAUUCUGUCUCCCUUCGUUUGGAUCAAUUGGAGACGGAAAAUCGUCGUCUGAAACGGGAACUGGAGCAAGCGCGAUCGGGUGCAAUCGCCAAUUCGACUGGAUUCAAGGAACAUACAAUACAAAAACAGAAUCACCACAGUCAAUGGGAUACGGAAUUGCACAAAGCGUGCGAAGAACUGAAAGAGCUAAAGGGUUCGUGGGAUCGAUGUACACACGAGAUAACUGGGGGAAGAGAGUUACUGAGCAAAGCUCUGAAGCUCGAAGCUGAACGAGACAGUUUGAUGGCACAGUUACGCGAUUUGCGGCGCAAAUACCGACUACGAACUCGAGUUCGUCCGUCAGAUGAACCAACAUCCGCCGACGACGAGGAUGAGGAAAACGAGGAUGAAGAUGCAGAUCUUGGCGACCAAGAGCCGAAACGCAAAGUUGGCACCGACUGUGAAGAGGCAGAUAGUGGGAACAAAACAGGUGAUUCGACGGAAGAAACUGAACAAUUUGGGGGACUGGAGGAUCCAAUGAGGCGAAAAACUUUCAACCUGCCCGGGACAAGCAGUAGCCGAUAUCGGGAGCGUCGCCGAAAAACUCGAGCCAGCCUUGAAUCGGAAGUGAUUCGACUGGGUUUGGAAAUUGAACAGUUGGAGGAGACGAACAGACAAUUAACUAAUCAACUGACACAAUCGCAAACCGAGUGCCGGGCUAAAACGGACGAGAUUCAGGGGGUUAAACGUCAGUUAGAAACUAUGAAAGUUCAAGCUGAGCAUAACGUGAAUGAUGCCACAAAGUCAACUGAGCUCGAGGCUGAGGUCAAACGCCUCAAAUUGGCUCUUAGUUCGGCUGAGUUGGAAACCCGCAAGGCUCGUCGUGAGUUGCGUGAUAUUCAUGAAAAUUUGAGUUCUACCGAACAAGGCAAAUUGUUAGUAUCGAAAAUCAGCCACUUGGAAAUCCAAUUGACCAAAGCGACACAGGCCCAACAAACGGCCACCAGUCAGCAUGAGUCACGUGUGAAACAGUUGGAGCAAGAACAGAAUGGAUUAACUCAACAGUUAAGCGCCGAACGGCAGACAGUACUCACCCUACGUGAGCAGUUGGUCGAGGCAAAAAUCGAACUGCAACAACGAGGGAAUACACUGAAACAAUUCCAACUCGGUCUGGAGUCUUUGGGCGUGGACAAAGAGAAAGCACAGUCCGUGGUCGCGUCAGAACAAACGAACAGUGUGACCCUACAAGACUUAGUGAACGGUCUUGUACAGCGUGCGGUGGAACAGAAACAUGUGGAAGUAAAACAGUUGGAAGAACAACUUCGUCAAUUGCGACAAUCCCAGCCGACGAAGGAACCCACAACCGAAGGUUCCGGGGACAUGUUGAAUGGUUCGAUGGGCGGUGAGAAACAGACGCAGUUGUUGAUUCAGUUGAAAAAUCGAUUGAUCGAAUUGGAACGGGAGGUGAGCGAAGCGAAUCGCUUGCGUGCCAUGGUCGAGUCGGCACACGCGGCUGAGGCCCAUCUAACGGCCGAUUAUUAUCACUUGCAACGACUCCACGAGAAACUGACUCGGGACUAUGACACUCUGGGUCUGUCCUUGAAAGAGUCGAAAGAAUCCCAGCGUCGAAUGAAAAAUGAACUGUCCAGUGCAUAUGCACAAAUUGAACGGUUACAAUCGGCCUCCGAUCAGGUGCUCAGUUUGAAAGAAGCGCUCGAAUUUGAACGGGGAUCGUUGAAAGGUGAAGCAAGGCAAUUGGUAGUCCUCCGCGAAGAUUGUGCUCGACUCCGGGCUCAAGUGGACUCGAUCACAGAGAAUCGUGAUCGAGAACGAAUGGAAAAAACGGCCGCGGUCGAACGUGCUCGCGAGGCAAAACGUCAAUUGGAGGAAUGUGAGAACCGGGCUGGUCGAUUGACCCUCGAUUUGGACAAUCAACGGAACACAAAUCAGAAAAUUCAAAUUGAGCUGGCCGAUUUACGAUCACGUGUUCAAAGUUUACUGGGCCAAAAUCAGGAACUGUUGGCUUCCACACUGGAAACGUGUACGCACCGCGUUGCUGAGGAGGGAUCGUUGCGGUGA